UUGUGAGUAGCCUAAUUUAGACAGCCGAGCUGUGGUUACUGCUCCAAUGUAUCACCAUUAUGGCUGCAGAGAACACUCCUCCGCUCCGUAGCAGUAGCUUGUAGGAGCUACACAUGCAAUCCAAAUUCAAAUACGGAUUCAGGAUUCUGACCCAAAACUGGGAAAACACCUCGUCACCUGCCGCUACCAGGCCCUCGAGGAAUCCCCCGCACGCCGCCUUCUCCACGCGCUCGCCACACUCGCCUCCACGGUCUGCGCGCGCGCACCCCGGACCUCGGCCUAGGCCGCCGCGGCCUGUGGGAUCGCUGCCUCCGACCUCCUGGUGGCCACUGCGCUCAUCGGGAGGCAUGCCGAGGCCGGGGACAUGGGCGACGCGUGCAGGGUGUUCGACGGAAUGCCGCACCGGGACGCCGUGGCGUGGGACGCCGUUAUUGGUGGGUAUGCGCGGGCGGGGCGCCUGGCUGAGGCUGUGGAGCUGUUUGGCAUGAUGAGGUCUGCAGAUGGAGCGUGGCCGACCGAGGCGACGCUUGUGAGCUUGGUUUCCGGUUAUGCCUGGUUCGGUUCUUCGAAGGGUCGUUGUACGAUGCACGCGCGCUGUGGUUAAGUCUGGCUUCCAGCACAGCCUCUUCGUUUCCAAUGCUCUCCCAGAGAUGUAUGCAGAGUUGGGUUGUUUGAGUGAGGCAUUGUUGGUGUUCCGGCAGAUGGAGAUGAAGGAUUCUGUGACUUGGAGUUCGAUGAUUGGUUAGAUGUGACGUGGUUGCAUGGAAUGCCCUGAUCAAAGCCUAUGGACAGCUAGGACUAGCGGAAAAAGCAAUCAGGUUUGCGAUAGAAAUGCAUAGGACAGGCAUUGACCCAGACAAUGUUACAUUCUUGGAGAUUCUACAUAUGAUCUCACUGAUUCCAUCACUGAAUUAGGGGAUGGAAGUACAUCCUCACAUUGUUUCCAGAAUGAACAGGCGAUUGUUAAUUCACUUAUUUACAUGUAUGGUCGAUGUGGGAGUCUCAGUCUUUCAGUUGGUGCCUUUAUUAUUGGGAUUAUGGAUAAGGAUGCAAUAUCUUGGACUUCUAUGAUGCAGGUAUAUGCAUGGAGUGGACUUGCAACCGAAGUUGUUAAGCUUUUUGAGAUGAUGAAGAAAACAAAAGUACAACCCAAGCACUACACUUUAAUUGCUGUGUUGACUACCUAUAAAAACAUAGGCCUUGUUGAGGAGGGAAUGGGCCUACUUAAGUGCAUAAAAGAGCAGUAUGGUCUGGAGC